UUCUGCCCUUCCCCCGCAUAGGGGGGUGGGGGGGUGGGGGAGACAAAAUAAUACAAUUUAAGGGGGAAGUCGCCUUCAGGUCUGCUGCUUUUUUUUUUUUUUUAAUAAAAAAAAAAAAGGAUAUAGAAAAACAUCAGUCUUGAACUCCUUCCUCUCCAAGAUCUCGGGCUGCAAAGGAAAUCUCCUUUGUUUUUGUUAUUGAUGUGCUGUCAAGUUUUGAAGUGGUGAUUUUUAGAGGCGGGACUGAGUAUGGAUCAUUUGAACGAGACAACUCAGGGGAAAGAACAUUCAGAAAUGUCUAACAAUGUAAGCGAUCCGAAGGGUCCACCAGCCAAAAUUGCCCGCUUGGAGCAGAAUGGGAGCCCAUUAGGAAGAGGAAGACUUGGAAGUACAGGAGCGAAAAUGCAAGGAGUGCCUUUAAAACACUCUGGACAUCUGAUGAAAACUAACAUCAGAAAAGGAACAAUGCUACCUGUUUUCUGUGUGGUGGAGCAUUAUGAAAAUUCCAUUGAAUACGAUUGCAAGGAGGAGCAUGCAGAGUUUGUGUUGGUGAGAAAGGACAUGCUUUUCAACCAGCUGAUAGAAAUGGCAUUGCUGUCUCUUGGAUAUUCUCACAGCUCUGCUGCCCAAGCCAAAGGGCUAAUCCAAGUUGGAAAGUGGAAUCCAGUUCCACUGUCCUAUGUGACAGAUGCCCCCGAUGCUACCGUGGCAGACAUGCUGCAAGAUGUGUAUCAUGUGGUCACAUUGAAAAUCCAGUUACACAGUUGCCCUAAACUAGAAGACUUGCCUCCUGAACAAUGGUCUCACACAACCGUAAGAAAUGCUCUGAAGGACUUACUGAAGGAUAUGAACCAGAGUUCAUUGGCCAAGGAGUGUCCCCUUUCCCAGAGUAUGAUUUCAUCCAUUGUGAACAGCACUUACUAUGCAAAUGUAUCAGCAGCAAAAUGUCAAGAAUUUGGAAGGUGGUAUAAACAUUUCAAGAAGACAAAAGAUAUGCUGGUUGAAAUGGAUAGCCUUUCUGAACUAUCCCAGCAAGGCGCCAACCAUGUCAACUUUGGCCAGCAGCCGGUCCCAGGGAACACAGCUGAACAGCCUCCAUCCCCUGUGCAGCUUUCUCACGGCAGCCAGCCAUCGGUCCGGACCCCUCUUCCAAACCUGCACCCUGGACUUGUAUCUACUCCUAUUAGUCCUCAGUUGGUAAAUCAACAGCUGGUGAUGGCUCAGUUGCUAAACCAGCAGUAUGCAGUGAACAGACUCUUAGCCCAGCAGUCCUUAAACCAACAGUACUUGAACCACCCUCCCCCUGUCAGUAGAUCUAUGAACAAGCCGUUGGAGCAACAGGUUUCCACCAACACAGAGGUGUCUUCCGAAAUCUACCAGUGGGUGCGAGAUGAACUAAAAAGAGCGGGAAUCUCCCAGGCAGUAUUUGCACGUGUGGCUUUUAACAGAACUCAGGGCUUGCUCUCAGAAAUCCUCCGAAAGGAAGAGGACCCCAAGACUGCCUCGCAGUCUUUGCUGGUAAACCUCCGGGCUAUGCAGAACUUCUUGCAGUUGCCGGAAGCGGAAAGGGAUCGAAUUUACCAGGAUGAAAGGGAAAGGAGCUUGAAUGCUGCCUCGGCUAUGGGUCCAGCACCUCUGAUAAGCACACCCCCCAGCCGGCCUCCCCAGGUAAAAACAGCGACAAUUGCAACAGAGCGGAAUGGGAAGCCAGAGAACAAUGCCAUGAACAUUAAUGCUUCCAUUUACGAUGAGAUUCAGCAGGAAAUGAAGCGAGCGAAGGUGUCCCAAGCACUCUUUGCAAAGGUUGCAGCAACCAAAAGCCAGGGGUGGCUGUGUGAACUGUUACGCUGGAAAGAAGACCCAUCUCCAGAAAACAGAACGCUGUGGGAGAAUCUCUCCAUGAUCAGAAGGUUCCUCAGUCUUCCUCAGCCUGAACGAGAUGCCAUUUAUGAGCAAGAAAGCAAUGCUGUUCAUCACCAUGGUGACAGACCUUCCCACAUUAUCCAUGUUCCAGCAGAACAGAUUCAGAGCCCCUCUCCCACCACCCUUGUGAAAGGAGAGCCUAGAGGUACUUUCUCACCAAGCCUGCUGACCCCUGGACCAUGGCUGGGUGCUGCUCCACAGCAGCAGCAACAGCAGCAGCAGCAGCAGCAACAACAACAGCAGCAGCAGCAGCAGCCCCAACCCCAGCAGCAACAGCCUGGGCCCCGACUUCCCCCUCGGCAGCCUACUGUCGCUUCACCAGCUGAGUCGGAAGAUGAAAAUCGACAGAAGACUCGACCUCGAACAAAAAUUUCUGUUGAAGCUCUGGGAAUUCUCCAGAGCUUUAUACAAGAUGUAGGCCUGUAUCCAGAUGAAGAAGCAAUCCAGACUCUCUCUGCCCAGCUCGACCUUCCCAAGUAUACUAUUAUUAAGUUCUUUCAGAACCAGCGAUAUUAUCUCAAGCAUCAUGGGAAACUGAAGGACAAUUCGGGUUUAGAGGUGGAUGUUUCAGAGUAUAAGGAAGAAGAAUUACUGAAAGAUUUGGAAGAAAGUGUCCAAGAUAAAAAUGCAAACUCCCUUUUUUCAGUGAAAUUAGAAGAAGAAUUAUCGGUGGAAGGGAACACGGACAUUAAUGCUGAUCUGAAAGACUAAGAUAAAAGUAUUAUUUUCAUUCAACAGUGCCACUGGUAUUAACUAAUUAAAUGAAAAUUCCAUCUUGCAUUCUCUCAGAAACCUUUGUUGUUCAUUGUUUGGCCAAUAAGUCUUCAGAAACUUGUGCACACACACACACACAUACAUAAACACAUGCGCACACACACACACACACACAGACAUACAGACACAUGAAAUGAAAAAAAAAAAGGAUAAUUCAGACCGCUAAAUGUUUUACUCUGUUUUACAAACUGCUCUACAGCUACAGAUGAAGCAUUGAGGAUUGUUUGAUAUUAAUUUGUGUUCACUGGCUACACCCUGUUGUAUCCAAUAAGCAUGAUACCAGUGAUUUUUGAUUCUGGAGCUUUCAAAGAAGCAUUACAACUUCGGUGAUUAUUGUUUCAUUUUAUUAUUAUU